AUGCGACAAGUGUCUGAGGCCUUCCAGCCUCUAACGAUACCCUUGUCUUAUAUCCGAUCAUAUGGCAUUCUUGACACCCAGUCCCAGUCGGCCACGCACACCUGCGCGAUACAUUACCCGACCCCGCCUAAAGGCUACUCAUUCACUGUAAUGCAGAGCUUCAUCCCACGUCCAAGUAUGGGUAUGGCAACGCGGAUCGGUAAUUGGCCGGGUAAGAGUUGGUAUGGAGCGGAGCUGAGCCCGAUUUCUCAAUCGCUUGCAAUGGACCUCACGAACAAUACUCACAUGUGGGUGGAAUUUGGAGACAUGUACGAGAAAGCAUCUGAAAUCCUUGGCCAUCAAUCAGGACCUUCGCAGUCCAGCCACAGAUUGUGGCAGCUGACAUCGACACUCAAUAACGUCGUUAAGGUUAGCGAGGAGAGAGACGACAAGAUACUGCUGAGUUGGUCGCAAAUGGCCAUGUUGAAGGGCGGGCAACAUUCACGCCUCGACCGCGACCAUGAUCACCGCCUACGGCAUGCCGCCACCAGGCUACACCAAGCUGCCUCGUGGGCCUUCUUCAGAACGGCGGCAAGUGGUCGAAUGCAUUUGAUAUUCGUGCGGAUAAUGGUCUGCAGGCAAGGCAUGAAGACAUGGCGACGUGUCAAAGUUUUGAAGUCCUGCAAGUGCUUGUGA